AAUGAGAACUUUUGUUGAUUUUAUGGAAAAAUAUAAAGUUGUAUGUGCUAAUGUAAUACUUGAAAAUACUUUAAUAAAUGGAACAUUAUAUUUGGGAGACUUUUAUGCAGCUUUAGAUAAAAAAUGGUAAUAGAAACAUCAACUAGUUGCAGUAUUGACUGUUGCUAAAGAUUUGAAUAUUGAACCAGCAUAAGGAAUUGUACAUAAAGUUAUUGAUGCCAUUGAUGAUCCAUCUUAUGAUUUAUCAUAACAUUUUGAUGAAUGUUAUGAAUUUAUGUCAAUAUAAUUAAAGAGAGGACCAAUUUUAGUACAUUGUGCUGCUGGAGUAUCUCGUUCAGCAGCUAUAGUAAUAUAUUUUAUAAUGAGAUCAUUUAAAUGGAGUUAUGUAAAAUCAUUUUAGCAUGUAAAAGCUAAACGAAGUGUCAUUUGUCCAAAUGAAGGAUUUAUAAGAUAACUUAAAUAACAUGAAAAAUUGUUAGGCUUGGUUGUAUUUAGAGAAAGUACUUUAGAAGAAGAAUAAAAAAGAUAAUCAUAAUCUAAACCAUCAAGAGGUGUAAUUAGAGGAAGAUCUGUUGUCAUAAGAACUUAAAAAUAGCCAAUGACUAGAUUUAGAUGA